GGCUCAAGGCAAUGCUAUGCUCAUACAGACACUGGCGCUGAGAGCUCCAGCUCUCAGGUCUGAGCUCACCCACUACCUCCAACCCCCACACACAGCUGGCCCUGAGUUCUAGCAGCGUGAUAUCAGCAUGGCCUGCUUAGCCAUCAGUCUGAUGCAAUGGCUGAGCCUCCGCCAGGCCCUUGUGCAACCAUGGCCAGUUAACCAUUGACCAGGGGGGUCAAUGGCAGCCUGUGGAAAUAAAAGGCGGCCACAGCGGCCCGGGAACCACACCCACAAAACUGUCAGCCAUGGCUGUGCUUGCUCUCUGUCUCCUGUGGGCCUUAGCAUCAGCAGUGCGACCUGCUCCGGUGGCCCCUCUGGGUGGUCCAGAGCCAGCUCAAUAUGAAGAGCUAACCCUGCUCUUUCACGGGGCCCUGCAGCUAGGCCAGGCCCUCAAUGGUGUGUACAGAGCCACAGAGGCUCGCCUGACAGAAGCUGGGCACAGCCUGGGCCUCUAUGACCGAGCACUAGAAUUCCUGGGGACAGAGGUCAGGCAGGGCCAGGAUGCCACACAGGAGCUUCGCACCAGCCUGUCAGAGAUUCAGGUGGAAGAGGACGCUUUACACCUUCGAGCUGAAGCCACAGCCCGAUCACUGGGGGAAGUGGCCCGGGCCCAGCAGGCUCUGCGGGACACUGUACGGAGACUACAAGUGCAGCUGAGAGGCGCCUGGCUCGGUCAAGCCCACCAAGAAUUUGAGACCUUAAAGGCUCGAGCCGAUAAGCAGAGCCACCUCUUAUGGGCUCUCACUGGCCACGUGCAGCGACAGCAGCGGGAGAUGGCAGAGCAGCAACAGUGGCUGCGACAGAUCCAGCAGAGACUCCACACGGCAGCCCUCCCAGCCUGAGACUACCUGGAUGCCACCGAGGAUCAGUUGUGCUACAAGGAACACUGAAGCGCUCCACCAGGCCCAUGAGCAGGGCUGACAGAGCCGGCGGCCCAUCAGCUGGACCUGGCCAGUGCACCCCGCUUCCUGGCAGAGCGGAGACAGAAGCAAGCAGGCGGGAUGGAAGGCAGAAGACGAGCCCUGUGGAGGAGGGCUGGAAAAAGACACGAGCCCCCUUAUGCCCACACACCCCACAAUAAAACAGAACAGAGGCAAUCUA